UGUGACAAGAGUAAAUAUUUAGGGACCCAUUAAAUAGAAAAAUAAUAUAACGAUAUAUGGUUCUGUUCGUUGAAGGCUAUAUGAAUUACAAAACAUUCACCCAUCAUGCUUCAGUUACCAAAAAUCAAGAAAGAUCCAAAAGAGACGGCGCAGCUGUGCAAGUGUCGGCCAAUUUGCAAGAGCAGGAGACGGAAGUGGAAGGGUCAGACCCAGAACUCGUCUGCGGAACUGGUGCUGGAGCGUCAGCCGCAGCCAGAAUGCUUCCGGAGAUGGCCGACGCGAGUGUAUCCAAACAGUCCGUGCCCUCUGUUCGCCAAGUCCCGGCGCGUCACCGUCAAGGAGAGGGACCACAUCCCGGAGGCGCGGGUCGUACGCAUCUGUGAGGCGGUACUGGACGAUACCGUUGAUACCACUUACCUGGAGUACGCGGAGUUAGCUAAACAACUCGGCGCGUGGGACGCGGUGCGGGCUUGCUGCGCGUUCUGCGGCUGCGGCGCGUGCUGCCCGUGCGCGGGGCGCCGCGGAGCCUGGCGCGGGGCGCGGGAGGAAGAGGAGGGGACCGACGACUCGCGCGCGCGGCGACACGACAUGCGGCGCUUUGACGAGCGCGUGCGGCGCGACUGGCCGGCGAUGAGAAUAAUGUACGACACGCCGUGAUACAUUCAAAUAUAUUACUCGUAUUAUUAUAUAAUGAGUGUAUUAUCCAUGAA